UUUGCCAAACGCCAAUAAACAAAAUCAAGAAGAAGAGCUCCUCCUUCUGCUUCCGGUUAUCAAAAUGGCGCAAGGAAAACAGAAGUUUAAAGCUCAGCGGUCAGGAGCCUCCAAGAAACAGCCUCAAAACAAGCAGAAAGGACCGAAGAAAGGAGGCAGAAUAAUUGCUCCAAAGAAGGCUAAAGUGGUCCAGCAACAGAAACUGAAGAAGGGUCUCGAAGUUGCCAUCAGAAACAAGAUUGAGCAGGAGGUGACCCAAAAGGCCAGCUCCUCCCUCCACAAGCCGCUGAGUGUGGUGAAAGGGGCAGAAGGUAAAGGGAACCCAGGCACAUCUCGUCCAGGAACCAGCUCCAAAUAGGACCUAAUGCACAUCUACAGACCAGCUCUCGUGGCUUUUUUAGAACAAGAGAGAAGAAAUUGUGGACUUGCAUGAAUUACCCUUCUGGGACCUAAUGAGAACCUAAUAUACUGAGGCAGAUUGCAAUAAGAAAAAUCAGUUUGUAGAUUUUGGUAAAUAUUGCUAUGCAGAAAUUAUUGAAGCUGAGAAAAAAACAGGAAGCCACAAUCUUUAUUAGCUUGGUUUUAAACAAAAAUUGACUUAGUCAGUUUACUGUAUCUAUAAUGUGCCAGCUAUAAAUAUUUAAUACAUCUUUAGUGUAAAAGUGGUCAUUUUGCCAUUUUAAUGUCUAUGUCUGGUAUAUUAAAGACCUGAAAGUAA